AAACAACCCACCCAUGCAGUUAUCUGUACAUCUCCUCCUCUGCUACUGCUGUUAAUACUAUAUUAUCUCAUCUUCAACUCUCCUUCCUUCCACAAUUAUCGCCUUCUCCUCCCUCUUCUCUAUCUCGCUAAUUCCCACCUCAAUUCCAAUCCAGAGUAGAUAGGCUGUUAGGAUAAAUAGAUAAGAUGUCGUUCAAGGACUGGGUCGACGACGGGUACUGGCAAUGGAAGCAGCACAAGCUGUUCCGCCGCCUCUUCACCUGCUUCCUUUGCCUCAUCAUCCUGGUGCUCUUCGUGAUCCUGGUCGUCUGGCUGGUCCUCCGUCCGUCGAAGCCUAAGUUCUACCUCCAGGAGGCCACCGUCGGCCAGUUCAACCUCUCGGAUCCCAAUCUCCUCUCCUCCGUCAUCCAGGUAAGCAUCUCCUCCCGCAACCCCAACGACCACAUCAGCAUCUACUAUGACCGCCUCGACGUCUAUGCCGACUACCGGGGCCAGCAGAUCAGCGCGCCCCCCACCGCCCUUCCCACCAUCUACCAGGACCGCAACGAUGUCAUCGUCUGGUCCCCCUACCUCAACGGCACCGCCAUCCCCCUCGCCCCCUACCUCGCCUCCGCUGUCGUCCAGGACGAGUCCGCCGAAGUCAUCCUCAUCCAUAUUAAGAUCGACGGCAGCCUCCGGUGGAAGGUCGGCACCUGGAUCUCUGGCCACUACCACUUCAACGUCAACUGCCCCGCCUUCUUCACCGUCGACUCCAGCAAGAGAUUCUUGUUCGAGAAUAACACCUCCUGCAGCGUCGAUGUCUGAUAGCGACGGUGACCUUCUUCUUUCCACCACCUCCUCGUAUCCCCUCCAGCGAUCACAUCCGACUUUGUCACUCUUCUUGAUGUCGGUUUGGUUUAACCCAGCGCAAGAAUUAAGCAAUAUAGCGGUGCAUGUAAAAAUUUUUUAAUUUAGGGAGGGAUAAUAAAUAAAUUGCUACGUGGGAUACAUCGUGGUUACUGUUAAAUGUUUGAUCACAGCCGUUUGAUUGGAAAUGAACGGGAAAGAUAAGGUUGAAGUGUACGGAUUGAUCGAGCCAGGAUGGAGCAGGACUGACGUCAUGAUCCUCUUGUUCUCUGCACCUGCGGUCCAUUUCUUUAUGUGUAUUUAAUGGGAUUUGAUUUCAAUACCCCGUGAUAGCCCUUUGUUCCAUUU